GCAGCGGAGGCGGAGGGACGGGGCACACCCGCCCCAGCGGCCCCACAGCCACCCCGCGCCUCCCGGCCGGCGGCAGCUCCCGGCGCCCCGAGCCGGCCGCUUCUCCCCUCCGGCAUGUUUUAAGCCCGUUCCCGCUUCGGGCAUCCCGUCCCGCCGCCGUCGGGUCCCGUUUAACACCCCCCGCCCCGUUUCCCGGUCCUUGCGCAUCCCCCCCUCGAAGCGGCUGGGGGGGAGCGGGGCCGGUGGGGGGCGAGGGCACGAAAGCCCCCGCUCGCCACCAUGGCAUCCGGCUAUGCCCACGCCAUGGAGAGGCAGGCGCUGCUGCCCGCCCGCCUCGACGGCCCCGCCGGGCUGGACAAUUUACAAGCCAAGAAGAACUUCUCGGUGAGCCACCUGCUGGACCUGGAGGAGGCGGGCGACAUGGUGGCGGCGCAGGCGGAGGAGGGCGGCGGGGAGCCCGGCCGCAGCUUGUUGGAGUCGCCCGGGCUGACCAGCGGCAGCGACACCCCUCAACAGGACAAUGAUCAGCUGAACUCAGAAGAGAAGAAGAAAAGAAAGCAGAGGAGGAACAGGACUACCUUCAACAGCAGCCAGCUCCAGGCAUUAGAGAGAGUCUUUGAGAGGACGCACUACCCUGAUGCCUUCGUACGGGAAGACCUUGCACGCAGAGUCAACCUCACUGAAGCAAGAGUUCAGGUGUGGUUCCAGAACCGGAGAGCCAAGUUUCGCCGGAAUGAGAGGGCCAUGCUGGCCAGCAAGAACGCCUCCCUGCUCAAAUCCUACUCAGGGGAUGUGACCGCCGUGGAGCAGCCCAUAGUACCUCGCCCAGCUCCGAGACCCACCGAUUAUCUCUCCUGGGGUACUGCCUCACCUUACAGUGCCAUGGCCACCUACUCUGCCACGUGUACCAACACCAGCCCGGCGCAGGGAAUGAAUAUGGCCAACAGUAUUGCCAACCUGAGACUGAAGGCAAAGGAAUAUAGUUUACAGAGGAAUCAAGUGCCCACAGUCAAUUAACGACUGGAGGCAGCUGUCUUACAGAAGGAGAAAAUACAACAGCACCCGUCCUGCUUCGCAACUUGUUUGUGCUGAAAGAAAAGCAAACAAAAAUACCCCCAAAAAAACACAAACAAAAAAAAAACACAAAAAAAAAAAGAAAAAAAAUAUAAUUAAAAAAGCCAACCCUAACCCAGAACUGAAUGCAGGGACCAAACUGGGAGCAAACUGAACCGCUCAUGAGUGACAAGGUUCCUCCUUCCUUUUGGGAUAAUGCCACCAUUUUUUUUUUUCUUGUUAUUGUCAGGUUUAUUGCUUCUGCUCAAUAUACUAUGAGCUUCUUCAGUAAAGGACAGUCUCACCCUUGUUGUUUUCCAUUUUUAUAUGGGACUGCAAAAAGAAACCUCUGCCGAUCUCAGCUGGUGGAUGUGUCCCACCUACUAUCAUGCUGAGAUGCAAAGCCUGCUCCUCUCCUCCCUGCCCCACCUCACCCUAGAAGAAGAAGUUGUUUUGGCUGCCGCUUUCUGUUAUAUCCACUUAAUCCUUCAUCCCCCCCAGUCCCUUGUGCCACAGAGGCAACGUCGAUACCAUUAGUCUACGAGAAGCCUGUUAGUGCAACAAGAUGGGGUUGUCCUGCCUGGGUUGCCUGGACCAGUCUGAGAUGUAAGGAAGACUUCCUUGGGCUUCGCAGUGCCUCGUUGCUUUCUUCGGUAUUUCCAGCCAGCACUGCUGCCUCAAAAAGCCAAAGAAGAGAGAAAAGCCAAUAUGGGUGUGUGAGCAGGGGGGGCUGUAGUGGGGGGAGCGCUCUGUAGUGCCAAGAAUAGGACUGUUAGGACACUCCUUUCUAUGCCUUACAGUUUGCGCCACAAGGAAAGGUGUUGUCCAGAUGCAUUUGUUUUAUAUAUACUGUAUAUAUUUAUAUAUAUAAGAUAUACAUGCAAGCUUGGUUGGUGUUUUUUAUUAAACAAAAUAAAAUCCAUUGAAAAUGUUUAGGAUGUUUGUGCUGCAUCCAGGUUCCUGGAGCUGUGCAUUGAAAUUCCAGCCACAUCCUUGUCUGAGCUCUUCCCGGUAGCCCCGGCACCGCUUGAAUUGACCAAUUCACAUCUUCCCAUGAGAAAGCCCAGAGAAGUGAUGCUUGGAGGGAGCCACGCUCCUUCUUACCUUUUUCCUGUGGGUAUUUGCAACUUGAUAGAAUAAGAUGAUGAUCUUUUUCCCAGUCAGACAGAUUCGUGUGGCUGUAGGGGACACGCAAGGACAUACUCAUGUCUCAAGUCUCUGCCAGCCUCUCUGAGGACAGGUAAUGUCUCAGCAGGGAGCAUCCCACAUGGCGUUCCCAUAACACUGCCCAAUGAGACUUGUCCUGUAGCCUUAACCACCCUUUGCUUUCCCCACCUGCUGUCCUCCCUCUUGGGUCUGGAGAGCUAAUUAGAACCUCAUUUUCUUUUCUCCAUGAAGAGCAGAGGAGAUGCAACCCAAAAGAUGUUUCUUCCAUGCAAGCAUCCUGAGGAAAUGAGGCUCGCUCUUGUUGCUGGUGAUGCCUGCCUCCUUCAAAUCUGGGAGGAGAAAGGGGCUUAUUUAGGGCAAAUAGUGCUUGUGCAGGAGACCUGCCUGAACCGAGUGGGGCUUUGCGAUGGAAUGGUCCCGCUGAAGGUAGCAGAGCUACACCAUGGUCCAAGCUGGACCAUAAGGGAAGGAGAAUGAAGAUCAGUCAUGAGGGAUACUUCUGGCAGAGCAGUUUAGGUCUCCGUCUUGGUGUUUGCUGCAGACGCACUGGGCAUAUGUAGAUGUCUGACAGUGUUCUUAGAUAGUCUAAAACAGCACGUUGAAGGAAAUGAGAAAUAAAUCUCCUCAAAGUAAAGGUGAAAAUUAAAUUGGCAGAGAGUGAAUGGAAAUCCAGCCAAAGCAUUUGAGCCAACACUGGGAAAAAAGCCCCAAAUCCAAAGUGGUGUAAGUUGUGUUCAUGAUUUUGCGUGUUGCUGCUGGAUUUUUUUUCCUCCCUGCAUGGAUAUUUUUGAGGGGAAAAAAAGAAAAAAAUCUAAUUGUGAUCAGGACAAAAAGCUAGAAGUUGUGGAUUGCACUGGCAGACAAUACCAGCCAAGGAAGCAAAACUGGAACAACACUCUU